UGAGUGACUCAAUAACCUGUGGCCGAUUCAAUACUCCUUGAUUCAAGGGAUCGCUGUCGUCUAUCAAAUAGGUACUGUGAGGACGGUCCUGUUGUCAGUUAGGAUGGAAAACCCUCGACCAUACAACACAAGGAUAAUGUCUUUAAGAUGGAUAUUACUUCUCUCUGCCUCUCUAUGUACCCAUGGUGUCAGAGGUACUUCUAUAGAUUUUCCAGGUGCAUCAUCAAUAAACUGUGAUGCCGGUUCAGAUGGGAUUGUGGGGCCUGUGGAAGAGGGCUAUUCAGGGAACGUGGAAGUUGUAACUGGCAUUCCAGCUGAUACCACUGUGAGGCUGGUUCCCCAUCUGUUUCCUGAUCACGUUAUGUUUCUGGAGCUAGCUUAUUCACCUGGGGAUACAACUGCAACUGUCCGCACCAAAAUGGAACUAGAUGCAGAUGCACUAAAAAGCACCGCGGGACAAUUAUUCUAUUCAAUCAUGUGUGUGAACCUGGGAAAGCUAAACAACACUCGAACGCUCACAAUCACCGAUCUAAAUGACAACAGUCCGAUAUUUGAGCAGAAGGAGUACAGCACGACGGUUUCUGAGGCACAUCCACUAAACACAGACGUUCUCAAAGUCAAAGCUGUGGAUGCAGAUGUCACCUCAGCAAACAACAGAAUAUCGUAUUCCAUAGUGCCACCCAUAUCCCUGGACUUUGAUGUGCGUAAUGAUGGAGGAGUGACGCUGAUCAAACGUCUGAACUACAACACAGCCAAAAACUACAACAUUACCAUAAAGGCAGAGGACAAUGGAGGUUUGAGCGACACGACGACUGUGCUUAUCGAGGUGACAGACUUUGAUAACAUGAACCCCUAUUUUGACCACGCGCUUUACAAAGCUUUCAUACAGGAGGAACAAACAGGAGCAUUCUCCAUUAUUCUGCCAGAUGCCAUAAAAGCUCAAGAUGGCGACACUGGUAUCAACAUGACGGUAGUCUACAGUAUCAGUGCAGUAACUCCAAGCAAGUACCUGAAUAAUUUUGACAUUAAUGAAAACAGUGGGGUCAUCUCUGUUGUGACCGGACUGGACAGAGAAGAGAUAGGGGAAGUCACUAUCAGCAUUAAGGCAGCACAGGAGGACGACAGUUUUAAAACGGCCAAUGCUGUGGUGACUGUCACCAUUGAGGAUACCAAUGACAACCCCCCUGUGUUUGACAAAUCCAGCUACCAUGCAACACUGUUGGAGAAUUCACCGACAGGCACUGUUGUUUUCAGAGUAAAAGUCACUGACCUGGAUGAGGGUGGAUUUAAUGGAACUCUUCGGCUUCCAGAAUCAGUGCCUUUCUCUGUCAGCUUAGAUGGCACUGUCACAGUCAAAACCUCCACUGAACUGGACAGAGAAAUUUUUGGAAACUUCAUCUUUCAGAUCGAAGCGCAAGAAGCGGACGCGCCCAACCGUGUUGUGUCAGCUGAUGUCAAUGUAACUCUACUGGACGAGAAUGACAACACUCCACUUUUUGGGAGUUCCAAGUAUGAGGGCAAGGUGUUUCGAAACCAGACUGAGGGAAUGCUAGUUGUCACGGUCGAAGCAACGGACCCGGAUGCUGGUCUAAAUGGACAGGUCAAGUAUAGCAUAGACUUGGGGAACCAAGAGGGCUAUUUCUCUAUCAAUGACACUUCCGGAGAGAUCCGGCUAAUUAAAACCAUUCCCUUGGAGGAGAACAAGCUUCUAGAGUUUUCUCUAUAUGUGGCAGCCAGAGAUGGGGGAGUAGUGUCUCGUUCCUCGUCAGUGCUGGUGGAGGUGUUGGCCCCAGGGGAUUCCAAACCCCAGUUUCUACAGAGUAGUUACCAUGGCAGCGUUGAGGAGGAGAGAGAGCCAGGAUUUACCAUCCUCAAGGUGGGCUUCAUAUCAGUGGCAUCAGUAGUCCCUGUGACACUUCAGGUCCUCACCGACACUGAAACAUUCGCUAUAGACUCAAAUGGCAUAUUCACCACCAAGGUGAAACUGGACUACGAGACCCAAACUAACUACUCUGUCGGAAUCUCCAUCUCAGAUGGCACCAACAUCGAUGAGGCAACUGUCGAGGUCCAAGUCAUUGACAUCAAUGACAACAGUCCCGUUUUCAGUUCCAGUUCUGUCACACAUAAUGUCUCCGAAGAUACAUAUGUGGGAACCGAUCUGAUCAACAUGACCGCCACUGAUUCAGACGAUGGCUUCAAUGGACAUGUCCGUUACUCCAUACAAGGUGGGGAAGGGAAGUUCUCUAUAGACCCGGAAUCAGGUCUAGUAUCCCUGACCGGUGCGUUAGACAGAGAAACUCAGGCUAAGUAUAGCCUAAAGGUGGAGGCCCAAGACCAGGGUCGUCCAAUACGAUCAGCUACCGCUUCUUUGCUCAUCCAAGUGUCCGACGUCAAUGACAAUUCUCCGCGGUUUACCAAGUCGGAAUAUCAAGUUGAGGUCUUGGAAACUGCUUCGACGGGAACUGCUCUCGUCAACCUAACAGCUGUAGACGAGGACGAAGGGUUGAACGGGAGAAUAUCCUACAGCAUUGUCGCACAAGAUCCUCCCUCGACCCCCGCGGUCUUUGAGUUGGACUCUUCCACUGGUGUUCUGCAGCUGGCCCAAGGUCUGGACUAUGAGUCUGUGAUGGGGUACAGCCUAACUGUAAAAGCUGAAGAUGGAGGGACUCCCCCGCUGGAAGGGUUGACCACCGUGGUGGUGAGGGUAAAGGAUGUGAAUGAGAAUCCCCCACGGUUCAGUCAAGAGAGCUACGACGUUGCAGUCUCUGAGAACCUCCCGGGCGGAUCGUCCAUCGUCACCAUGGAGGUCACCGAUAUGGAUGAGGGUGGAUUCUCCAAUGGACACUUUGUCUUCACCAGCGAUAUCUUUGACAUCAAUAAACAAGGCGUUGUUUCGCUUAAGACAGAUGCCACGUUGGACAGAGAGACAAAGGCUAGCUACCUUUUACAGGUUACAGCAGUGGACCAGCCUGUGGAUGGACUGAACUCUACAGCCCAGCUCAACAUUACCGUCCUGGACUACAAUGACAACACCCCCCAGUUCAUUGACCUUCCUGACCCAAUCUUUGUACCAGAGGGGGAAUACUCAGCCUCAACCCCAGGAGAGGUGCUCCGUAUCAUGGCCACGGACAGUGACAUGGGAGCCAACGCUGAAGUUACCAUCUCCCUCUCCUCACCCAGCACGCUCUUUCGAUUCAGAGAGGACGGGACCUUGCUGGUUGUGGGUCCGCUAGAUCGAGAGACCAGGGACGUUUAUGAGCUAGUCAUUGCUGCCUCAGAUAAUGGGACACCCCGGAGACAGAACAUCACAACUAUCAGACUGAGUGUCACAGACAUGAAUGACAACACACCAGUGUUCAGUGCCUCCAUCUACUCAAAAAGCAUCCUGGUAAAAGACGCUAAAGUGGGGGAUGUGGUGUUGACACUUUUGGCAACAGAUGAGGACAUCGGCAACAACUCACUCAUUACUUACAGUUUUUCUGCAGGCAACUUUACUUAUCUAUCCCUGAAUGAUAAGACGGGAGUUGUAACCACAGCAUCUGACCUUGCUGAUGUCACAAGGGACACGGCUCUUGAUUUCACGGUCAUGGCGCAGGAUCACGGACUGCCACCCUUGAAUUCCACAGCUCGUGGUCUGGUCUCCUUGAAGACUGUCAGCCUCAGCGAAGGUGUGGCCUUUGGGAGCCCCUCCUACAACUUCAGCGUUGCCGAAAACCAGCCGGAAGGGGCCGCAGUGGGGGUGGUGAAGGCAUCGCCUGGCAGCAGCCUCUAUGAAAUCUCUUACGUCCUCAUGACACACACUGACCUGUUUACCAUAGACCCUCAGGGAGCUCUCCUCACGAAAGAGACGCUCGACAAGGAAAGCCAGGAUUGGUACAUCCUGGAAGUGAAAGCAGUAGACACGAGGAUUCCCCCUACCUCUGCAGUUGCAUUGGUUAGGGUGGAGGUUGAGGAUGUGAACGAGGCCCCAAAGUUUAUUGAUGGAACCUACCAAGCAAAGAUCUUCAGCAUUGCCCCAUACAAGUAUCCUGUGGUACAGGUUAAGGCCACAGACCCUGACAGUGGUGACAGUGAGCGUCUGCAGUACAGUAUGUCAGAGCCCAGUUCCUACUUUGACGUGGACCCCUCCACUGGUCAGGUGUAUGUGGUGUCAGCGGUGGGACUGGCAGGACAGACAACCACUUUGACCAUGAAAGCUACAGACCCUUUGGGCCUACAAGACACAGUGAUGGUCCAGGUGAACGUCCAGGGAAGUGCCAGCAGUGACGUAGUGGUCAUCUCUCUCAACCAAGCCGCUAACUUAGUGGAGAAGAAAAUCCCUGAGAUGGAAGAGUCUUUAGGGAGAGCGCUGGGCUGGACCGUGAGGGUCAUCAGGGUCUCCAGCUCUAACGGAGGAGAGGCUGAAUCAAGAAAAUUGAGAAACAAAAUCAAGACGUUUGUCAGCAUAGUUGCCACAGAUGGCACAGACAAAGUCAUCCCUGCUGAGGAGAUUAAAAAGAAGCUGCAAAGUGAAAGUGCCACUGUGAAGGCAGAACUUGAGAAGGUGUUUGGGGCGGGGCUCGAGCACGACUUGCAGGAAGAUCCGGUGGAAGCUUCUGAUAACCAGGCCAUCGUCAUCGCCCUGGGAGUCCUUCUGGGGCUGAGCAUGCUGGGAUUGCUUCUGAUAGGGACAUACACAAUUGUCAAGUUCAUAAGGAGGAAAAAAAAUGCAGAGGAUUCAGACAGGGAGAGCUUUGCCAUUGACAAUUCCAGUUAUACAAACCAAGACAGAAAGACCUCAGGAAAGGUAAACCCGGUUUGGAGCUCACAUGGCACUGAAAAGAAGGCUGAGCUCAUGUUUGACAGCCAGAACAAGGACAGGAAAAGUGACGACAGUCAAACAUCUACUCUCUAAAAUGAUUCAAAUGUGUGCGGUUACCUUGAAACCCAAUGGCGGUUUUCAUAUGCAAUCCUGCACCAUGACUGUACAAUAUAUAUUUUUAAAAUAAUCCAGACUGUAAAAAUAUGAACAUGAAUAUAUCAGCACCUAAACAACACACCAAGUAUACUAAGUAUUUUUUCUUUGUUGAAAAUGUUUGUCAUCCUAACAAGUUAUUUUGUAAAGAAUUAUUACGUUAAUGUUUGACAAAUUAACAUAAAAUAUGAGUGUAAUUAUUUGUAAAGACCUUGUAGCUAGAACAUCUCUGAACUUCAACAAUCAUAAAAUAAAAUACUUUGUUACAGUUUAGGGAGAGCAAAGGAUACAAAGUGCCAUUUGAGGAGAUGGUAACUGCAUUUAGCAUCGUCCAAUAAUCCUUAAAUAUCAUCUCCUAAUCUAGUGUGAAAUUGUUUCAUUCUCUGGUAAAACACCAAAGCAAUGUCAGCAGCAAAGUUAAUUAAGGCACAAAAAUUGAGCCAUGAUAGGGGCUAACCAUUUCAUUUUGAUGGUAAAAUUCCCCAUUCAAGACAAUGACCAUCUUGAACUGCAAAAACUGCUGGUAUUACGUUUGCAAUGGAAGAACUGUAUAAAAAUGAGACAUUGUGAGGCUAUAAACUAGUUAGUACACUGUUUUGGGGAUCUUGUCAGCAUUCUGUUAAAUUACGAUAUGCGUUUCUGAAUGCAAGUGACCACGUACUUUGCUGUGUGGUG